AUGAAACGACAACAAAGACGGCUGGAGCGGUGCAUGACAAGCCGGCAAGGUUCUUACAGUGACAAUAGUUUGAUGGUGGAACUUGGAACAGAACUAUCUUCGAUUCUUCCCAAAUUAGGCAUGUUCGCUUCGGUUCGCUCUGCUCCAGGUCGUAUACGACUCGAUCGUCGAGGACUACUCGAUCUCGACGAGACAACAUUAUUGAGAAUCGUGCGACAGCUGGACGGUAGUGUAGCGGUCGGUCGGGAUCGAUUUGCUGGAGCUGAUUUGCGAAGUUUCUCGGAGAAAGAAUUUGUUGCUCUCGUCGGGCUCUUUGUUCCACAUUUGAAGGAAGUUCAGCUAGCAACAUCCAGGCUAUUCCGAGUUUCUUCCUCUCCGUACUUCCUCUUCUCUAUGAUAAAUCUGUUGUCAGUUUUCGGAAUGACUUAUGAGCAAGUUCCAGUCCUUUACGAUGUGGAAGACCUCUGCAGAAUCAUAUCCUUGUGGCGCCACAGCUCUCGAUCACACAGCUGCGAAGUUUAUAUACGUGAGCCUCGAGGAUGUGAUAAGGUGAACUGGAUGCAAUAUGGGACUAUAGAGACAGAUGGUAGGAACCGGGUGAAAAUUGUUAGAGUAAACCAUCUUGCAUGUAGUGGGGUCGUACUCACUCUAAACUUCCAUUGA